AUGUAUAAGGUUACAUGCAUGAGCUCGGCAAGGUGCUCUCAGGUGAGGGGGGUCGGGCGCGCUUCUGGAAGCUUUCCAACACGGACCUCGCACCUACUUUCAAUAAAUUAUCCUCGCGCUCCGGGCGGUCGUCGAUGGAAUAGCCUCCAACCAUCCAUCCAUUCAGCAAGGCAACGUGGUGGGGGAGCUACACGGCAGUCGAGAAGGGUGGGAUGGAAGACCACUAGUGUUGUAAGCCUGGCUGUGGGAACAGGGUUGCUGGCUUUUGGACUGGCAACAUUCAAUGCAAAGCGGAGGGAGGCGAGACAGAGAGAAUAUUCGAAUGAAGCAAAAUUCAGAGAGCCAAAGUAUGCAGAUGUGAACAAUCUCAAAGACGCAAUCAAAGAAAUCCGUCAUGUACUAGGCGAUGAAGAUGUCAUCUCUACCGACCCAGAAGACCUCCAUGCCCAUGGCUACUCAGAAUGGUCCUCGACCAAUAUUGAAAGUCUCCCAGUGGCCGUAGCCUACCCCAAAAACACCAAAGAGGUAUCUGAAAUUGCCAAAGUAUGUUGCAAAUACAAAGUGCCAAUCAUUCCUUUCUCGGGUGGUACAAGUCUAGAAGGCAACUUCUCUGCACCAUAUGGCGGAGUUAGUGUCGAUUUCGCUUACAUGGACCAAAUCGUGCAAUUUCACGAGGAAGAUAUGGACAUUGUCGUUCAACCGUCUGUAUCCUGGAUGGAUCUGAAUGACGAAUUAGCAAAAAGGAAGUCUGGCUUGUUUUUCCCAGUUGAUCCCGGACCGAGCGCUAAAAUCGGAGGAAUGGUUGGUACAAAUUGCUCUGGCACCAACGCUGUACGCUAUGGCACUAUGAAAGAUUGGGUCAUUAAUCUGACUGUCGUGCUCGCCGAUGGAACUAUUAUCAAGACCAAGAGAAGGCCAAGAAAGACGUCGGCUGGAUACAACCUAAACAGUCUUUUCGUUGGCUCGGAAGGCACACUUGGUCUCGUCACCGAAAUCACACUGAAGUUGGCGGUGGUUCCACAAGAACAAUCGGUCGCAGUGGUCACGUUUCCAUCCAUCAGAGAUGCUGCUUCAGCUGCUGCUGGUGUCAUGCGAGCUGGCGUUCAAGUCGCGGCGAUGGAAAUCAUGGAUGAAGUACAGAUGAAAGUCGUGAACCUCUCUGGGUCAACAGCUCCGAGAAAGUGGAAAGAACUACCAACUCUAUUCUUCAAAUUUAGCGGCACCAAGGCUUCUGUCAAGGAUAACAUCCAAAUGGUUGGUGCAAUUGCCAAAAAACACAAAGGCGGAGACUUCGAAUUCGCCAAAGAUGCUCAAGAGCAGAAGAUGCUUUGGAGUGCCAGGAAAGAAAGCCUGUGGUCUAUGCUGUCUAUGCGAAAAGAAGGAAACGAGGUCUGGAGCACUGAUGUCGCGGUGCCGUUUUCAAGACUAGCGGAUAUCAUCGAGAUCAGUAAGAAAGAAAUGGAUGAUCUCGGACUCUUCGCCAGUAUUCUGGGCCAUAUUGGGGACGGUAACUUCCAUGAAAGUAUACUUUACGACAGUCGAGUCAAAGGAGAGAAGGAAAAGGUUGAAAGGUGUGUGAAGAACAUGGUUAAUCGUGCUUUGGAGAUGGAAGGAACCUGUACGGGCGAACAUGGAAUUGGAAUCGGCAAAAAGGAAGCCCUUCUCCAAGAAGUCGGUCCCCAUACCCUCGGCGUGAUGAAAUCCAUCAAACAAGCUCUCGAUCCACAUUGGAUUAUGAACCCAGGAAAGAUUAUGGAUUUACCUUCAAAGUCUUAA